CGGAGACGCAACCCGCGGCGUCGGAAGUCUGCGUGAUCGUCGAGGGCGGCCCUAGAUGCUCUCAGCCACGCGCGUUUAGGGGUUGUUCUUCCAGAAGCUCGCCCCGACUCUCCCUGAUCCCGCCCCCAACUCUCCGAGGCCCCGCCCCCGACUCUCCCAGGCCCCGGCCCGGCGCCCGAACAUGGCAGCCGCCCGCGGGUUGUGGGGCUGUGAGGACUCGAAUCUCUGGACCGCCAUCCUGGCGCGCCACGGGGAGGUGCUGCGGGCCCACCCGGACUCCCAGGGGCGGCUGGAAGCCCUGGAUCGAUGGUAUCGAGUGGAGUUGCCCGCAGCCAUCCAGGACCGCGCAGAGAAGCACGUGACACUAGAUGACCUAAAGUGGCUGCUAGCGUGGAAGCUGGUGGUGAGGGGCUUCUCACGUGGGGGGCGGGGUCUCGGCGGGGCGUGUCCUCCUCCUAUGGGCGCGUCCUCGCGGCGCGGGAUUUGGGCUCCUCCUGGGGGCGGUCCCCGCGGUAUGGGGCGUGGCUUCCCCCAGGAGGCGGGUCCUCGCUGUGUGGGCGUGGCCUUCUCCGGGAGGCGGGUCCUCGCGGCGUGGGCGCGGCUUCCUCGGGGGCCGAGUCCCCGCGGCGUGGGGCGCGGCUCCCUUGUGGCAGCAGGUCCUCAUGGCGUGGUGCGGAGCCUCGCGGGCCGGGGCGCGGCGGGGAGAGGCCGCUUCCGGCCGCGCCUCGUGACCUCCAAUGCCCCCGAGCUGGUGUUGCAGCGCUCGGCCACCGCCUUCCGCCUGCUGCCGGACCUGCAGGCAGCGCUCUGCAGUACACUCUCCAAGCACUACAUGUUGUACCUGGGUGGGGGGCGGGAGUGUGCCACAGCCCUGAGCAGAGGCAGCACCUCAGGGGUGUGGACCCCUCACCACGUGGAGACAGCACUGUGGACCUGGGUUGUGAGGCAGAAGCUGUGCCCCGACCUGCUGCCCAACCUCGGCCCUGGCCCAGCCACCCCUGAGGGCACUAGGCCAGCCAAGAAGCACAGGACCCAGGCUGACUGA